GGGUUUGCCACCACCGCAACAGCAACAGAUGCUGAGCUUACGGGCAACAAAUCAGCCAUCGCUGCUCAAUGCCAAUCCUAUGCUUCAGCGGGCCUUACUCAUGCAGCAGAUGCAAGCUGCUAAAAAGCCAGAGUAUGCACCAAUUCAGCGGCAGAACCGGACCUAUCGCAAGGUGGGCUUGGAGUUUCCAGCUGUUCAGGAGCUCUGUGCUCUGUUUGCAUUUGCAGCAGUUGACUGUAUUGACUUCCAGAGACUCCCUGACAGGAAGAGGGAGCUGGAUCCUGGUUCUUCAUCUCAGACACAGGGUGAUGAGAAAAUGGAAAUCCCAGAGGGAGUGCAAGCAGGGUUGGAGCAGCACAACUCCUUGCCAUCCACAGAGCCAAGAACUCCAGCAGAAUCUGUGUUGAACAUGGAGCCUGCAGCAAAAAGACUGAAGAGUGCAACCGGGGAGUCUGCAUUAGAGGAUGCAACAGACAGCAGGGAAGCAGGGGAGUCAAGCACCCACGUCCAAGCUGAUGGUACAGACAAUGUAAAGGAAUACACAGCUGAAGAUCUCUCUAAAGAGAGGAAAUUCUCUGAGGAACCAAAGGCUCCUGAGGUGUUGAGCUCUGGAGGUUCACUAAAAGUGACUAUCCAGCAGAGCAGUGAAAGCAGAGCUAUCAGUACCACAGCUCUGAAACCAGGGCACUGGACCUGCGAGGUGGGCACAGCGGACCCCAGCCCCGAGUCAGUCCUUAAAUUCUACUGUUAUAUCUGCAAAACCAACUGCUGCAGUCAGCAGAAUUUCCAAUCCCACAUGGCUGGAAUUCAGCACCAGCAGCGACUUGGGGAGAUUCAGCACAUGAGCAAUGUUUGUUUUGUUUCACUGCUGCCCAUGGUGAAGGAGCAGAAGGUUCUGGCAGAGAAAGAUGGAGAGACCCAGCAGCGAUGGUGUAACACUUGUCAGAUACACUUCACAGGGGAUCUAAUCAAACAUCGCAGGACCCAAGAACACAAGCUGGCGAAACGUUCACUUCGUCCUUUCUGCACUGUCUGCAGCCGCCACUUCAAGACCCCUCGCAAGUUUGUGGAGCAUAUGAAGUCCCCUGAGCACAAACAGAAAGCCAAAGAGGUGAGGCUAGGAGAGAAGGACUUGGGCAGCCCAGAAGAUUCAGAGGAGUUGAUCACAGUGGAUGCUGUUGGCUGUUUUGAAGAUGAUGAUGAUGAAGAGGAGGAGGAGGAGGGGGGAGCUGGUGAGGAGGAAGACCUCGAUGUGGUUCUCAUCGAGAAUGAGGAUUCUGCUGCCAAGCAGACUGGGCUGAAGGAAGUGUCAUUGGAGGAUUACGAAGGAAGGGAGAAGUAUUGUCCAGACACAGCCUAUGGCCUGGAUUUUCUGGUCCCCGUCGCAGGUUACCUCUGCAGGCUGUGUCACAAAUUCUACCAUAGCGACUCUGCUGCCCGGCUCGCACACUGCAAGUCCCUGAUGCAUUUUGAGAACUUUCAGAGAUACAAGGCAGCGAGGCAUCGCGCCGCAGCUGCCUACCCCGAAGCUCCUUUGCAUUCCCAGGGCUCCAGCUCCCAAUUGCUGGAUGAUCCAAAACACCCUCCUGCUACAACAGCAGAUACCAGCAAGAAGCUGAAUGAUGAUCAUGGGAGAGACAAGGAGGGUACAGAGCUGUCAGCCCUGCAAGACCAAGCUUCAAGAAGAAGAAAAUCUACAGGAAGAGAGCAAAUCCACUACCACUAGUGCCGAUUGCCCACUCCCCGAGGAGAAUCGCACCGUAGGGGAGUUGCUGGGACACGCUCUGUCUAAGGAGGAGGAAGCCAAUGCAGCCAGACAAAGGGAAGGCACAGACAACUGCCAGGAUCCAGGGAAUGGAGGAGGUUUAGGACAGAAUGAGGCAGACAACACAGGCCAGGAGGCAGUGGCAGAGCCUUCCUCCCUAGCCAAAGGUGAGACAGCCAGUCUUACCUCUGCUGGGUCCAGACGCUCUACUAGGCGCAAACCCAGAUAGAGUGGCCUUAAAGGGAGAGCCCUUUACAUAUGAAAUUUGCUGGAAAUGUUUAUUUUCGGAGUCUUUUAAUAGAGCAAAAACCUUCAACUUUACUGCUGUUUUUAUUUUAAGAAUAAAAUGAGCCUGGCUUUA